UUAACGUUAGGUUCAUGUGAUGUAUGUUCAGAGUGGAUUCAAUCGAUCCGGCUCUAAGAAGGUCUGGGCGUUUUGAUGCUGAGAUUGAAGUCACAACCCCUAAUGAAGAUGAACGCUUUCAUAUCCUCAAUCUUUACACAAAGAAGCUUCCAUUGGAACCCAAUGUUGACCUGCGGACGAUUGCUGCUUCUUGCAAUGGUUAUGUUGGUGCAGAUUUGGAAGCUUUAUGUCGCGAAGCUUUUAUGUCUGCGUUUAGGGAAUCAUCAAAAUCAAAUCAAUUAGAUGGCUCUUGGUACAUAACAAUGGAUGACUGGAGGCAUGCUAGGUCUGUUGUUGGUCCUAGUAUAACAAGAGGUGUAGUUGUGGAAGUUCCAAAGGUUUCAUGGGAGGAUAUUGGAGGACUUAAAGACAUAAAGAAAAAGCUCCAACAAGCUGUUGAGUGGCCAUUAAGGCAUUCCGAAGCAUUUGCUCGCUUGGGAGUAUCACCUCUUUGUGGGAUCCUUCUUCAUGGACCUCCGGGGUGCUCUAAAACAACACUUGUAAAAGCUGCUGCUCAUGCUGCACAGGCUUCCUUUUUUUCCUUGAGGUCUGG